CAAUUAAGUGGUAGUGCAGCGUAUUUAAGAAGUGCGCUGGGAAUCGUGUACCGUAGACUUGUUUAGGACAUUAAUGCUCAAAUAAUUACGAUACGUUGUAAGCCUUUCUAAGCUAGCUUUAAAAGGAUAAGCUAAUAUAUAAGAGAUAAGAGACGUGUAAACAACUUGGAAAAUGGAUAGAUCAACACAUUCUUACUAUGAUGUUCACUCUCACGCUGACGUUUACAAUGUUACGUCACACGUAAACGACGGUCAUGGAGCAAACGGAUACUAUGAUGAAAACUAUGAAUAUUAUGAUGGAUAUGAAUACGCCUAUGACGAUCAUCUCUAUGAAAUAUUUAAGUUCGAACUCCCUAUUUAUGGGUAUAUUUGGCCUGUUCUUGUCUUAUUCACUACGUGCUGCAACUUUGUUGUGAUUGGUGGAUUCUUACGAAAACGGAUGCGCAAUGCGACCAAUUUGAUUUUGGUUUUCAUUGCUGUGUCAGAUUCGCUUACAGGACUUGUGACGUUGCCGGCAACGUUUCAUAUUUUUACGAACGAAAAUUUUCUUCUUACAAAGGAUUGGUGCAAUGCCGCCAUGAUAACGCGGCUAUAUAUAUCGCGUGCUUUUCAUACCAUAUCUGUUUGGGAAACACUGCUCCUAGCUUUUCAUAGAUUUCUGCAAAUUCGUCAUCCAAACCUUGGUAAGAAAGUGUGCACAAUGCCAAAGACAUUAUUUGUUAUUUUAGUAAUAUAUCUUGCAUCGUUUGGCUUACAUAGUUUCCAUGCAUUUGACAUAAAAGCCGAGGAAGGAUACUGCCACUGGAGUAUUAGGGAACCAUGUGGUUGGGCGUGUGUUUACAUGUGGCUUACUUUACUUCUCAGCCACAUUCUCCCGUCACUUGCGCUGGUGGGAUUUGCGGUGAAUAUGGUCAGAACUCUGAAUACGUUUAAGCAGGAUUCAAGUGUACAUAACCGUAUUGGGCGACGCAAACAGACGCAAAGGAACGUCACUGUAGUCGUGAUUCUGAUUGUCGUAAUAUUCCUUGUGCCAGAACUGCCUUACGGCAUAUUUUACUUGAUCACCGUCAGUCUAAAUCACGCGGGAAAAAGGAUAUUCCCGCUACGCACCAACAGGCUUGUCCACUGCAUAUAUGAACUUUUUCUCAUUGUCAGUUUUCAUCUGAACUUUUGGGUUUAUUGCAUUAUGAUUCGGAGUUUCCGGUCGUGCAUCAAAAGUCUGUUACGUCUAGUAACUUGUCGUCCCGCUAACUUCGAACGUCUCGAAGGGGAAGUGACGUCAUCGAGUGGUGGAGGACUAGAACUAGCUGGAAUGACUACAACAACGGACUCAAACUUGAUCUGAACUUCAAAAAUACGCCUAUAGUUAUAUAUCUACAUUUGUAUAUAUUCUGUUAAUAUCAUUUGCUUGGACUCAACCUUGCCCCAAAAAACUGGUUAUGAACCAUCGGGAGAUUUAUAUUGAGAUUUAUAUUAUCUUAUUUAUCUCCGUAAUACUCAUUAUUUAUUUAUCAUGGGCUUUGAAUUAAUUUAUAAUAAGCUUUUGAGCAAAAAAAGCACAAUAAAUAUUGAGCUUCAAA